AAGAAAAGAGAGUAAACAAAGACAAAAUGUUCUCAAAACUCUAUGAUUAUAAUUCAAACUCUUUCAAAAAUUGGUCCAACCAAUGGUGUGGUGCUUCCCCUACUUAAUCAACCUCAAUAAGACCUCUCAAAGUUUCUACAAAGACAUUUUUUUAUUUAGGCAAGAACAUCAAGAAAGAAAGGGAGAAAAGAGAAAGGAAAAAUUUCUCUCUCUCUCUCUCUCUCUCUCUUUAUUUGUAAUAAAAUUCUCAAAGGGUUGAAGAAGUUAUAGGCAUGAAUAGAGGUGUUGUGCAAAGUUCACCAGUGCAACAAAUGAUGGCUAGUAACCCUAAUUGGUGGAACAUCAAUAUCAAUAACAUGAGGCCUCCAUCUCCACAACCUUCUCCUUUCUUUUCAACUCCUAAUUCUAAUUUUCUCAUCCCUAAUUAUACACAAAAUUCUUCAUCUCUUCCUUUUCCUUCUUUUCAUGACAAUCAUCAAGAGCUUCCUGAAUCAUGGAGCCAACUACUCAUGAGUGGAAUUGUGGGUGAGGAAGAUAGGAUUGGUAUGAGCCAAUUUCAAAAUCAAAUGCUAAUGAGUCAAGCUCCAAAUGCUUCUCUUGUUGAUGUUAAACAAGAAAGUUCAGGAAAUAGCUAUGCAUAUGGACAUGGAAAUGAAGAACUUAAUUCAUGUGUGACAAGUUUCAACACAAACAACAUGUUGGAUUUUUCUAACAAUAAUAAUAAUAAUAAUAUUGAAGUGAGGCAUCCACCACAAGAUCGAUCUUCUGAGUGCAACAGCAGUGCAUCUGGUGGGGUUAUGAAGAAAGCUAGGGUUCAACAAGCUACAACUCAAACUACCUUCAAGGUUAGGAAGGAGAAAUUAGGUGAUAGAAUUACUGCCCUUCAUCAGCUUGUUUCCCCAUUUGGAAAGACUGACACAGCCUCUGUCUUGUUAGAAGCUAUUGGUUACAUCAGAUUCCUUCAGAGUCAAAUUGAGGCUCUUAGCUUACCAUACUUGAACAAUGGAUCAGGAAACACAAGGCAACAACAUUCAGUUCAAGGAGAGAAGAAUUGUUUAUUCCCUGAAGACCCUGGUCAGCUUUUAAAUGAAAAUAGCUUGAAGAGGAAAGCAGUUGAAGAGGUUUCUCAACAAGAACCAAAGAAGGACCUAAAGAGCAGAGGGCUGUGUCUUGUUCCAGUUUCAUGCACACUACAAGUUGGGAGUGACAAUGGAGCUGAUUAUUGGGCACCUGCCCUUGGAGGAGGUUUUCAGUAAAGACCAAAUUUAAUAUAUGCUAGCAUGCAAAUUAAAUAGAUAAUUAAAUUCAUGGAAAAUGAUAUAAUAUCAUGAGCAGUCAAUCUGCUCAAGAUUAAGGCUGAUUGCUCAUGAUGCUAUACUUCAUAAUUUCCUGAAUAAAAUGUGUGCUAGCUUAGCCAUGAUGAACUAGUAUUUUGCAAGCCCUUAAUUAAUUAAGACUUAUUAUUUAUUGAUUCAUGUGAAAUCAAACUUUUCUUUGUUUUCA